AUGACUUGGUCCUUUUUGUCAUAUUCUCUGUGCUGAUUGCUUGUUUUUCAGCUGAUAUGGGUUUCUCAGCUUUCUGUUUCACCUGCUGCUCACAAUUCCCUGACCUCAAAAGUUGCAACAAAGCAAUCAAGAAACAACUACAGGAUGGCAACGUAAACCAAGCCUUUUCAGCAUAUGUAAGUAUGCAAGAAAAUGGCUUCAAUCCUGAUAACUUCACAUACCCUCUAUUACUCCAUGCGGCUGGCCACCAUUCUUUGGUUCAUUUGGGAUAUACCCUUCAUGGGCAAGUAAUGAAAACUGGCUACUACAAUCAUCUGUUUGUACAAACAUCUCUGUUAAACAUGUAUUCAAGUUUCAAGGAUAUUCAGAAUGCACAUAAGUUGUUUGUUAAUAUGCCUAUUAGAGAUUCUAUUGCUUGGAAUUCAAUGCUAAAUUCUUAUGCCUCUCAUAGCGAAAUGGAGGAAGCAGCAAAACUCUUUGAAGCUCUGCCAUAUAAAGAUCUUACUUCUUUUAACAUAAUGAUCUCAGGUUAUGCGAAAGUGGGCGAGUUGGAGUUGGCUCGAAGCUUCUUUAACGCUGCCCCUGAAAAAGAUAUAGCCUCAUGGAAUUCGAUGAUUUUAGCCUGCAAGGUUUCUGGGAAUAUGGAGGAAGCUAGGAGAUUAUUUGAAGAAGCACCAAGAAAAAAUAUUGUUACAUGGAACACCAUGGUGAAUGGAUAUGUACACAACGAAUUGUACACUGAUUCAGUUGGGCUGUUUGACGAAAUGAUAGCUCAGAAGUUUGAACCGGACAAAGUAACUGUAGCUGGAGUUUUAGCUGCCUGUGCUCAUCAGACUUCUCUUGAAGUUGGGAUGACUAUACACAUAUAUGCCUUGGAGAAUCAUCUCAUGUGCCCGGAAGUCAUUACUUCAUUGAUCGAUAUGUAUGCUAAAUGUGGGAGCAUAGCUCAUGCUUUGGAGGUGUUUUAUAAGGCGAAAGUAAAAGACAUCUUCUGUUGGAAUGCGAUCAUUUCUGGCCUAGCGCUCAACGGUCAUGGUUUCGAAGCAUUGAAACUCUUUGAAGAGAUGAAAUGCAAUGAAUCUUUGAGGCCAGAUGACAUAACUUUUAUUGCAAUACUAAGUGCUUGCAGCCACUCAGGGUUGGUUCGAGAGGGAUGCUCCAUAUUUGCAUCUAUGAAAAACUAUAGUGUUUCUCCUAAACUACAGCACUAUUGUUGUAUGGUUAAUCUCUUGGGUCGAGCUAACUUGCUUACUCAAGCAUUACAUCUCGUGGAAUCGAUGCCAUUCGAGCCAGGAGAAACAAUAUUAGGCGCAUUGCUCAGUUCAUGCGUGACUCAUCAAAAUAUCAAGGUAGGAAAGGAGGUAGCUAAAAUUGUUAUCAGAAGAGGCGGAAGGCUAAGUGAUGGCGAGUAUAUGAUGCUGUCUAACUUGUAUGCAUCAGUAGGGGAAUGGGAAGAAUCCGCGUUGUGGAGGCAGAAGAUGAAUGAAGAAGGGAUUGUUAAGACUGCUGGUUGUAGUGUUAUUGAGCUCAAUGGAAAAAAUCAUAAGUUUUUCGCUUGGGACUUGAGUUUAGACUCGUGAAUCAGCACCAUCCAUGUAGACCUGAUUUUGAUGGAUGAUUUUUGUACCAAGUUUAUAAUUUGUAGGAGCCUUUUGGUUGUGUAUUGAACGGUGAAAACAGUAAUAUAAACUCAAAUGUAAUUUAAAUAUAAAAUUAUUUGACGAGGUUUAUGAUUAAGUUUGAUUAUGUA